ACUGUUAUACUGUCAGCUGUUUAGCAGCCACGUCCAGUGUUCCAUGAGUGGUCACCGCAGCCGUCGAAGCCUGGCGAUCUGCUUCCAUGGCAAAUAACUUGGCCUGCAUUGGAACCGCAAUCGUAGCCUUUCUGUUUCAGGGCGCCACCAAAAUUAGCGGCAUUUUGCUGCGCAGAGCGUACUUGAUCAGCAUGACAGUCGUAAGUGCAUAUAUCACCGCCAGACUGAGCUUGGUUCACGAAGCAUCACUGCUCACAAGCAAGAGUGCCAAGUACGCAGGGAAGUAGUAUGAGUCCUAGCUGGAUUUUCGUCAUUGUUGGUCGUGCGAGCUGUUGCUGUGGAAUUGUCGUAUUUGUGAAAAGAUAACUGAAGAAAUUAAUAUCAAGGCCAUAUGAGGUAAAGAAAUGUGAAAAGAUGGCCAAGUGCAGAGUGCAAAUAUGAAGGAUGCAAGAGACUUUCUGCUUACCUUGUAGGAGAGUGGAGGG